AAAUACAAGGGAAGAUAGGGAGGGAGCGCUUCCGGAACAGAGGAAGCUGCGACGGCCGCCACGUUGCUGCCGUCUCCUCUCGCCCGCGAGGGCUUCUUUACGGGUUCCUCGAGAAGGCGACAAGAAUCCCCGACCUCCGUCGCAAACCCUGAUUGCGGCCCCGUCGACGGCUCGCAUUCGAUUUCUGAUCCCGUCUUGCGUCGAUCGAUCGCUUUGCGUUUGCGUGUGGGUUUUGCUCGGCGUUUCGAAUCAUCGGUGUUGGAAAGGAUAGUUUCCGUCGCAUCUUGGAUUUCUUCCGUGAUCGUGCCUUUGAGCUAACCAUCGAAUCUUUAUGCGUGGAAUUUUCUUGAUUGCUGAGAUCUCUUCUUUUUCUUUCCUUUGGGUGGGAGAUUAGGGUUCUUUUAUCUUUCCUGAGGGGAUUGGUGUAGGGUUUCUUUGUUGUGACCGGUUAAUCGGACUAAAGAUUCGAGGGUUGCUCGGAUUUGUGGGAGAAUGGGAGGGAAGCUUGUGUGGCUCCGGGUGGUGUGGGUUUCGGUUCUUCUUUGGGGAUCUUGUUGGGGGAAGUUCGUGGUGGAGAAGAACAGCUUGAAGGUGACCUCGCCGGAUUCGUUGAAGGGCAUCUACGAGUGCGCAAUUGGAAACUUCGGGGUUCCUCAGUACGGUGGGACUAUGGUGGGGAUCGUGGCGUACCCCAAGGCCAAUCGGAAGGGUUGCCAGAGCUUCGACAAUUUCGACAUCUCUUAUAAAUCCAAACCAGGAGGGUUCCCCACCUUUCUUCUUGUCGACAGAGGGGAUUGUUACUUUACAGCAAAAGCAUGGAAUGCACAGAAUGCAGGAGCUGCUGCUGUCCUUGUUGCUGAUAACAAGGCAGAACCUUUGAUAACAAUGGACACACCUGAGGAGGAUGACAACAAGGCAGACUAUCUACAGAACAUAACAAUUCCUUCAGCACUCAUCAGCAAAAGCUUUGGAGAUAGCUUAAAGAAGGCAAUUGAGAAUGGCGACAUGGUUAGUGUCAAUUUAGAUUGGAGAGAAUCUUUACCCCAUCCUGAUGAUCGUGUAGAAUAUGAAUUUUGGACAAACAGUAAUGAUGAAUGUGGCCCCAAAUGUGACAGUCAAAUACAGUUUGUUAAGAACUUCAAAGGAGCAGCACAGAUACUAGAGAGAAAAGGUUAUACCCAGUUUACCCCGCAUUACAUUACUUGGUAUUGCCCUGAAGCCUUUCUUUUGAGCAAGCAGUGCAAAUCCCAGUGUAUCAACCAUGGGAGAUAUUGUGCACCCGAUCCCGAACAGGACUUUAGCAAAGGUUAUGAUGGGAAAGAUGUCGUGGUCCAAAACUUGCGCCAAGUCUGCUUGUUUAAGGUUGCUAAUGAAAGUGGGAAAUCUUGGCUAUGGUGGGAUUAUGUGACUGACUUCGCAAUACGUUGUCCUAUGAGUGAUAAGAAGUACACAAAAGAAUGCGCUGAAGAAGUAAUCAAAUCACUUGGCAUUGAUCUGAAAAAAAUAAACCAAUGUAUGGGGGAUCCUGAUGCAGACGAAGAGAAUGCAGUUCUUAAAGCCGAACAAGAUGCGCAGAUUGGAAAGGAUUCCCGUGGCGAUGUUACUAUUUUACCGACUCUUGUUAUUAAUAAUAGGCAAUAUCGAGGUAAGCUGGAUAAGGCUGCAGUGCUGAAAGCAAUCUGCGCCGGUUUCCAAGAGACAACUGAGCCAGCUGUUUGUUUGAGCGAAGAUAUAGAAACAAAUGAAUGUCGGGAGAACAAUGGUGGAUGUUGGCAGGAUAAGGCCGCUAAUAUUACUGCAUGCAAGGAUACUUUCCGUGGAAGAAUAUGUGAGUGCCCGGUUGUGGAAGGUGUGAAGUUUGUUGGUGAUGGAUACACUCAUUGUGAAGCUUCAGGAUCUGGUCGAUGUGAAAUCAACAAUGGUGGAUGUUGGAAGAAAUCUCAUGAGGGGAAAACAUACUCUGCUUGUGUGGAUGAGGGAUGCAAAUGCCCACCGGGUUUUAAAGGUGAUGGAGUUGACAAGUGUGAAGAUGUUGAUGAAUGCAAGGAAAAGACAGCCUGUCAAUGUUCUGGCUGCAAAUGCAAGAACACUUGGGGUAGUUAUGAGUGCAGCUGCGGUGAUGAUUUAUUAUAUAUAAAGGAGCAUGACACAUGCAUAAGUAAGAAGCCUUCCACAGAGGUCGGCUGGAGCUUUUUGUGGGUUAUCUUCUUUGGCCUGGUUAUCGCUGGUGUUGGAGCUUAUGCUGUAUACAAGUACAGAAUCCGGAGUUACAUGGACUCGGAGAUCCGGGCUAUCAUGGCUCAGUACAUGCCACUUGACAAUCAAGAAGCACAAAACCACAUCCACCACGGUGAAAUCUGAGGCUAGAUUUGUUGCAUAAUUUCUUUUUAUAAAGAAAGCUUAUUAUACUAGAAAAAUGUGGCUCUCUUUCCGGCAGAGAUUGCUUUGUUGUUGAUCCUUAAACCGCCAGGGAGUCAUGUAAAGCUGAAUCUUUAUUAACGCACAGCCAUUGUAUUUGGAAACUGGUAGGAUGAUAAUUGCAAUUCGCAUGCCUGCGAUGCUGCAGUUGGAUCUCUUUUCGGUCCAAGUGGUAAAAAUCACAUGUAGAGCAUGCAACUCCGCUUACAUGGUACUGUUGCUACAGAUUUUAGAUGAUAAUUGACUGCUGAAGCUUUGUGUUGAGGUUUCAA